UUACUUCUCUUCUUUGUUUCCUGCGCUUAUCCGAAGGCAAUGCUAAACUCUGUAUUGGCGGGUUAACCAUGACGAAACAAUGUUAAAACUCCCGCCAAAUUGCAGACUCCCAUCCCCUCCACCGCCACUACCGGCUGCUGCCAGUAACCAUAUAUAAAUAUAACACAUUUCUAUAAAGUUUGUAUUGCUUUUUUUUUUCUUUCUAUGUUAACCUUUGCCCUCUCUGCCUCCGCUGUUCUAUUUCGAAUUCAUCACUAGGGUUUUGACUCUUCGAUGAGGGUUUUGCAAUCUAGGGUUUUGAUUGGCCUAACAACAGAAGCAGAGUCUUUCGUUGGUGCGAAACAAUGAGUGCUGUCAACAUUACGAACGUCACCGUAUUGGAUAAUCCAGCGGCGUUUCUCAACCCUUUUCAAUUCGAAAUCUCGUAUGAGUGCUUGAUUCCCCUCAAAGAUGAUUUGGAGUGGAAACUCAUUUAUGUUGGAUCUGCUGAGGAUGAGACAUAUGACCAACUCUUAGAAAGUGUGCUUGUUGGGCCUGUUAAUGUUGGCAACUAUCGUUUUGUCUUUCAGGCAGACCCUCCAGACCCAUCAAAAAUCCGUGAAGAGGAUAUUAUUGGUGUCACCGUACUGCUACUGACUUGCUCUUAUCUGGGACAAGAAUUUGUUCGGGUAGGAUAUUAUGUGAACAAUGAUUAUGAUGAUGAACAGUUACGAGAGGAGCCUCCCCAGAAGGUGUUGGUUGAUAGGGUUCAAAGAAAUAUUUUGGCUGACAAACCGAGAGUAACAAAGUUCCCAAUAAAUUUUCAUCCUGAAAACAAUGAGCAUGGAGAACAGCCCCCCCCUUCCCCUGACCGUGCUACCGAAACAAACGAAUAUGGAGAUGAACCAGCUCCCUCACCUGAUCACCCAUCUGAUGUGCAGCCUCCGUAAACCCCAAGAAUCAAGUAAUCGCAUGAUUAGCUUAGUACUUUUCUUUCUAGUUGAAGUUUUGGUGCAAUGGUGAUUUUGGUUGGAAUUAUUUUGCCAGGUUUUAGAAUUGUUCAUCUAAGUAUGCUGCGACUGUUUUAUAUUGUAAGGACAUUCAUUGAAAUGUGCAGGGGGUAUGCUAGGCAGUUGAAGUUUUCUGUAUCCCACCCUCUGAUUUUAGGGACUUUGCUUAUGUUGGUUUAAAAUUUGUAACUUCAUAAAUUAUUUACUGUAACAACUAUUAUCUUAUCAUGCUCAAUCUGUAGUUGUUCCCUUGGGCUUGUUGGCCUUUACCAUUGCAGUCAGUUAGCACGGUAAAUGUUACUCUUAUUUCCCAAUUCAAGUUUGUUAUUUAUU